AUGGAGCUAGGAAACGCAGCUCUCCCUCUUCUCUCCCUCCCGGAUACCGUCAUCACCUCAAUCAUCGGACAAAUGGAACCGGCUUCUCAAGUAUGGCUAUCGCUGCUGUCGACAAGAGCGAGAAGUGCCGUUCGUUCGGUGGGGAUGACGACAAGUUCCCUCAAUGUUCUCCUUGAGCGGGCCUUCCAGUUCGAGUUGGUCGCACCAGAAGAAUCGAAUCAAGAGCCCAUCGUCAUCGGGCUCCACCACACCGAAGAAGAUGAAGUCUCUCGAGUCACGAUGGAAUUGGCGGAUUGGGGCGAAGCAGCCACGGCGACGGUCGCCAAUUUCAAAAUGUCAAUUAGAGACUGGAUCCAGCACAUGACCUUCAUUUUGAAUCAUGGUGGAAUCGACGAAUUGAAGUUAACAGGGGAAUCAGAGGACUUUGGUGUGGAGAGACUACGCAAAUCGGUCAAAGAUCUCGCCAUCAAAACCAUGACUCUCACCGCAACUUGCACCGGAAAACACGCAAAAGAGGUCAUCCCAAAGAUCGUCACACCACACAUCAACGUCGACUCAGCUCUCGUCAUGGAAAGUGACACCAUGGCGAUGAUAAUGAUGAACAAUUUCACGUCAAUCAUCGUUGGAGGUCCUUCGAUGCCUGGAAUGACGAUCAGACGAGAUCUAAUCGCCGAAUCGCAAGUUGGAUCUCUUGAUGCUCGGUGCGUCAAUUUUGAUAGCAAGGCCAUCAAUCGAUACUUGAAGCAAUGGAGAGCAGGAAACAUUCUCAACCUCCAUCAUCUAUCAAUCACGAUUGGGAAUGGAGUUCAGCACGAUGCCGACGCCGUGCUUUGGAAGCUUCCACAUCAGAUGAUGCCAAUGGAGUCGAUCACCAGAUUCCCCCAUUCGGCAUUUGCUGAGGAAAUUGUGAUUAAUGGAGGAUGCAUCAUCAAAAAAAGUGACAUAAGAGACAGAGAACAGGCGAUCAUCAUCUUCACGGCCAUUGAAGAGGGAACUCGCUUCGAGAUGUUCGUCAUCUGA